AUGCAUUGUUUUGAAGUAGUAGCUGCACUGUCUGUUUUCAACAUCAUUGCUUGUUUGACAAGAGGUAAGCCUUUGGAAGACUGGGACAGGCUAUCAGCUAUGGGAAAAUCUGAUGCACACUUUCAUGAUCCUGGGGAAGUAGAAGAUGAGACACAUUUCAACUUUAAAUCUUUCUUGGAGAAUAUGAAGAUGGAUUUACUAAGGAGUUUGAAUUUGUCAAAAGUCCCCUCACAAGUGAAGACCAAAGAAGAACCGCCACAGUUCAUGAUUGAUUUAUACAACAGAUAUGCUGCAGACAAGUCCUCCAUCCCUGCAUCCAAUAUUGUAAGGAGCUUCAGUACUGAAGACGUUGUUUCUUUAGAUUCACCAGAAGAAAACCCACUUCAGAAACACAUUUUGUUCUUCAACAUCUCUAUUCCACAAUAUGAGGAAAUCACCAGAGCUGAACUGAGAAUUCAUAUCUCCUGUCACAGGGAAGUUGGGUCUCUCUCUAGGCUGGAAGGCAACAUGGUCAUUUAUGAUGUUCUAGAUGAUGGCCACUGGGAAAACCCAGAAAGUACCAAAUCUUCCCUUGUCUCCCACAACAUCCAGGAAUGUGGUUGGAAGGUGUUCGAAGUGUCCAGUGCUGUGAAAAGAUGGGUCAGGGCAGACAAACUGGAGACUAAAAAUAAGCUAGAGGUCGUUAUAGAGACUAAAGCUCUGAAUGGUUUUUUGUGUGGGAAGCUGGAUGUCAGUGUUACACCUGACACUAAAAAUCUGCCCCUGUUAAUAGUGUUCUCUAAUGACCGCAGCAAUGGGACAAAAGAGACCAAAGUGGAGCUCCGUGAGAUGAUUGUUCAUGAACAAGAAAGUGUGCUCAAGAAACUAGGGAAGAACAACACUUCAUCUGAAGAGGAAGAGCAGGGAGAGGAAAGGGCCACCACUGGAUCCCACCUGCAUUCCUCCAGAAGCAAGCGAAGCGUUGGAGCCAACCACUGCAGGAGAACUUCCCUCCAUGUGAACUUUGAAGAGAUUGGCUGGGAUUCCUGGAUCAUUGCACCAAAAGAUUAUGAGGCUUUUGAGUGUAAAGGAGGUUGCUUCUUCCCUCUGACAGAUAACGUCACCCCAACUAAACAUGCUAUUGUCCAAACUCUGGUACAUCUCCAAAAUCCCAAAAAAGCCUCUAAGGCCUGUUGUGUUCCAACCAAACUGGAUGCAAUCUCCAUUCUUUAUAAGGAUGAUGCUGGUGUGCCCACUUUGAUAUAUAACUAUGAAGGGAUGAAAGUGGCAGAAUGUGGCUGCAGGUAGUAUACAAGGCAGAAUCUCUAAGAAUAGAACAUCCCCUUUUUCUGUCCUGUGUAAAUCUGUACAAUAGUGAUUGUAGAAGAAAUGAAGACCAUUACAAACAAGGUUUGGAGCAGGGUAUGGGGCUGGUUGUUGUUGCUGC